AUGUUUUCGAAAAAAUUUGAAAUUUAUCAAAUAUUAUCUUUUAUAUCUUUACUUUUUUUUAUAAUUUCAUUAAUUUUUUCAUCAGUUUCUAUAAAAGAUAACCAAAUAUGGCUAGAACAAAGAUUAUAUAAUUAUACAUAUAUAAAUAAUGAAAUUGGUACCAAUACAACCGAUUUAACAGUAGAAUACAGUUUAAAAUAUAUAUCAAUUAAAAGUUCACAACCAAUAUUUAAUUCUACAAUUGAUAGAAACGGAAACAGGUAUUCGAAUCACGAACAUAUAUGUCUCUAUGAAAGAAAGCUUAUUGAUAAAGAUUGCGGACCAAGUGAAAAGAGUACAAUAGAGACAGUCAAAAGUGUAUUUUAUUUAAAUAUAGUAUUUAUAUUUUUUUCAAUAAGUUUGUUGGUUGUAGAGGUUAAUUAUUUGGUUAUAGACUUGGUAUCGGUUUCAAGAAAUCCAAAGUUAAUUUAUUAUUUCCUGUUAUUUAGGUUCAUUUAUAUUGUUGGUACUAUACUAGAAUUAGCAGCGACUAUUUUAUUUGCCAGCAGAUUCCCCAAAACCAUUUCAUUUGAUGGUGUAAACGGCUCCAAUAUAUUCCAUCAAGAAAAUCUUUAUCCCAGAAAUGGUCUUUUAUUGGCAAUUUCCAAUUGUGUAUUCACUUCAAUCGGAUCAGUAUUAAUAAUAUUUUCGCUAUACUUUUAUGUUAAAAAUUCAAAAGGUGAUCGUUAUAGAUUAUUAAAUGAUUAA